UAGCUCCAUGAGGUUAUUGUUUAUAUUUAUGCAAAAUCCUUGGCAAGGUUUGGUUUGGUGGGUAGACGGAGUAUUCAAAGGAGACGACUUUUACAACAGGGUUACAUUAGGGAUAUGGUUCACAAUAUUCUAUAUUUAUUACAAAUUAGGUUGCUGCAUCUGGAUUGCUUCAAUUACUCUUAAACAUGAACAAAGUACUGCAAGUGUAUUGAGUAUUUUAAAAUGGGCAUCAUUGAAUUGCCUCAGUGGUUCCUUGCCAUUCCUGCUUGGUUAUAUGAAAAAGCAUGCAAGGGACUGCUUUGAUGAGGUAGAGAGACCAAGGAGAAUGCAUAUUCUUCUUCUCUACAUCUUCAUUCUUCUAGGACUGUUUCUUUUAAUGAUAAACUCUCUGAUAAUGACUAACUACCCAGCGUUUUUUUAUUUGAUGCAAAUUCUAAUUUACAUACUAACAUCUGCUGGGCUGCUCGCCUUUGGGAUGAUAACAGCUGGUUUUAUGAAGCAAAUGGAGAACCUUGAAACUGAAGUUGGGGAUGAACUAGCCAGGGGAAGGAAAUGUUUAGAAAAGUUCCGAAGGUUAAAGAAAGGUUUAAGUCCAUACCUCUUUGCUGAGUUCUCUUUUAACACCUUUGCUAUGGUUGUUCUUGUAUUCAUAGUGGUAGGUGUUUUUAAAUCUAAGUUAAUCUUGACAAAUCUUCUAAUGAUGAUAUCAUACACCCUGUUUGCUGGAGUGCAAAUGCUCUACAUUGGAUUAAUGGCAGAGGAGACAAAAUCAAAGUUUGAAAAUAUCUUGCCUUUUCUCAGAUCUGCUUGUUGUAAACAACCUGAAAAACAGAUGGAAUACUUACUUCUUAUUCAGGAAAUUCAACUUGAGGAAACCUUCUCUGGAUGUGGGUUUUUUAUGAUUAAUCAAUCUACUUUGUUAUCUGUACUUAGUACUAUUGUAACAUACUCAAUAGUACUCAUUACUUCAGGAUAGAGUACACUGUUACCUGUUCUUAGUUCUAUUGUAAUCAUCUCAAUAAAACUAAUUUUUCAUUAUCUUGAUGUUUCAGAAAAAUUAUUGAUAGCAAUAAAAAAGUAUUCAAGCAUGAUAUUUACAAU